GCAUUUAUAUUAUUUUCUUCCUCUCGCUUUUCCUUCAUUGCAUUGCGUGUGGUGUAUUUCUGGAUCGUUAGGAUUCGCCUGCCACACGCGGAUGGCAAACGGCUAUAAUUGCUGCCGCUGACGGAGGGUAAUAACUCCAAUAAUGAAAAUUCUGGGAUUCAGUUUUAAGACGAUCAUUGGUGAGCAUAGUCUGCGGUAGAGUUGCCACGGAGCUAGACGAGUCACAAGAAAUUUUCAUCACCGAUAUUGUGCACCGCUGUGCAGUGAUUGUUCUUAAAACCACCUCAUUUUUUUGAUCCCACUUAGACCCUUUAAUUUCGGUUUAUUUAUUUUUUGAUUUUAUUUAUCCUUGUGAAAGCACAACCCAAAUCAACUCAAAAUGCAGGAUAUCUCCGAUGAACUACCCCCAGAGCAAAUUGCUGUGCUGCAGAAGGCCUUCAACAGCUUCGAUGCUCAGAAAACGGGAAGCAUUUCCACGGAGACUGUGGCUGAAAUCCUGAGACUCAUGGGUCAGCCGUUCAACAAGAAGAUCCUCGAGGAGCUCAUUGAUGAAGUUGAUGAGGACAAAUCUGGCCGUUUGGAGUUCAACGAAUUCGUCCAAUUAGCUGCUAAAUUCAUCGUGGAGGAGGAUGCGGAAGCCAUGCAGAAGGAGCUUCGUGAAGCCUUCCGUCUGUACGAUAAGGAGGGCAAUGGCUAUAUUCCAACAACAUGCCUCAGAGAAAUCCUCCGUGAAUUGGAUGAUCAGCUCACAGAACAUGAAUUGGACAUCAUGAUAGAGGAGAUUGACUCCGAUGGAUCUGGAACGGUUGACUUUGAUGAAUUCAUGGAGAUGAUGACGGGAGAAUAAAAUUAUUAGUUCUUCUCAUCUUUAUUUACUUUACAAGACUUUCUGUUGAAAGCGUUAAAACCGAUUACUUUACUGUUUUUCCUCAUAUUUACUUUUCACUAAACUGAUUGCAUUUCUACACUAUUUCUAUUUAAUUAAUUUAUUUUAUUUCUCUACAUUUAAUACAAGAAAGCCUAUUUUAUCAAUUAAAUACAAAAUGUCAAGUGGAAAUCAAA